AUGGAUGGGCUGAAUGCUUUGAAAGAGCUCCUGAUUGGUGGCACUUCUGUACGAGAACUUCCUGCAUCGAUAGGCAAAUUGGUUCGAUUGCAAAUUCUUAGUGCCACUAAUUGCUUGUCAUUGGUUCGUUUUCCUGGUUCAGUUUGUGAACUUAAAGCUCUUUCAGAGCUAGCUUUGGAUAACGCGAAAAUUCUUGAACUCCCUGAGUCAAUAGGAGACUUGGAACAUCUUAGACGCUUGUCUUUGAAGGACUGUCGUGGGCUUGGAAAGCUUCCGGAAUCCAUUGGCAAAUUGGGGUUCUCAUUAGAAGAGUUGGAUAUUUCAGGUACGAGGAUUUCAAAUUUGCUCGAUUCGACUAUAAAGCUGUGGAAAUUGAAAGUGCUGAAAAUGGAUUCUUGUUUCGUAAGAGAAUUUCCUCGUUGUAUUGGAAUGUUGAUUUCCCUGGAAGAAGUACAUGCCUCCUGGUGCAGGAGUUUGGAGGGAGUCAUUCCCGAUGAUAUUGGGCAACUAUGUUUUUUCAGAGAACUAAGGCUUCGGGGUACUCGUAUAUCCGGUCUUCCAUCAAAUCUCCAGUACAUGUUAAAUCUUCAGACUUUGGAUUUGCUACACUGCGACAUUCUCAAAGAGUUGCCUACUCUUCCCCCUAAGCUGAGUAGCCUCGAUGUCAAUCCCGACUUGAAGCAAAAAAUGUUAGAAUCUUCAAAUUUCAGCCAUUGGUGGCAUUUAUUGCAAUAA